UGUAAUGGAAAUGAACGGGUUAAUUGUACACAUUCCCUGCACGUGACUCUUUUCAGACUUUCCAUUCAGCAUACAAACAAUUGCACAAGCUUCAGUCAUUCACCAUUUCGCAGCUUGUCCACCUUAAAUCAAGAGCUCUCACAUUCAAGCUGUUAUGCACACCAUUGUGCUGUUGGUGCUGUGGAUACUGGGGACAUCACUGGUGUUGCCAGACCCGGACACAGCCGGAGAGAAGGCGACUGAAGAGCCGAUUCCCUGCUCUAAGGGAUGCACCUGCCUGCACGAUGACUACAGCUUGGAGCUCAACAUGUACUGCAGCGCGCGCAACUUCACCCAAGUCCUGACCGACAUGCCCACAUCCACUCACUCUCUCUGGCUCGAUGGCAACUUGUUCACCUCGCUGCCGGCGGUGUCCUUUAAGGAUCUUACCAACCUGAACUUUUUGAAUCUGCAGAGUGGCCAGCUGGUGACAGUUGACCUUCAAGCUUUCAAAGGACUUAAAUCGCUAGCACACAUUCACCUUGAGCGAAAUUUAAUCCGUGCGUUGCCAGGUACACUCUUCCUAAAUACACCUAACCUUGCUUCACUUAGUCUGCACAACAACCAGCUGACACGCAUUGAGGAGAGGCUGUUUGCAGGGCUCUCGCAAAUGUGGCUUCUCAACCUGGGGUGGAACUCCAUCGCAGUCUUACCGGAGACAGCUUUCCAUGACCUGCAAGGUCUACGAGAGCUCAUUCUCGCAGGGAACAGACUCGCUUACUUGCAGCCGCAGCUUUUCCAAAAUCUUGUUGAGCUAAAAGAGUUGGAUCUAACUGGAAAUUACCUCAAGGUCAUCAAAGCUAAUGUGUUUGUUAAACUCACUAAACUUCAAAAGUUGUACCUGGCCCAGAAUCAGAUUUCGACAGUGGUACCCAGAGCCUUCGCAGGUAUGAAGUCGCUCCGGUGGCUGGAUCUCACAAACAACAGACUGACUUCUCUGCAUGACGACACUUUCUUGGGCCUGCACAGCCUGCAUGUCCUGCGUCUCUCCAACAACUCUAUCAGCGGAAUAAGGCCCAGAACUUUCCGUGAUCUGCAGUACCUAGAGGAACUACGGCUCAGCUACAACAAGAUCCGAGCCCUGGGGGAGAGGAUCUUUGAAGGGCUCGGUCACCUGGAGGUUUUGGAGCUAGAACACAACCAAGUGCAGGAAGCACAAGUGGGCAGUUUCACAGGCCUGUCUCACGUGGCUGUCAUCAACCUGUCCGGAAGCUGCUUCCACACUCUGCCAGACCAAGUAUUCAAAGGUCUGUCAAAGAUCCACAGCCUUCACCUGGACAGAGGCUGCCUAACAAGGAUCACAUCUCAAGCUUUCGCUGGACUCUCUGGUCUGAGGAGGCUUUUCUUGCAGCACAACAACAUCACCGUGGUGGAACGCCAGAGCUUUGUAGAUCUGGUGGGCCUACUGGGACUGGACAUGAGUUUUAACAAGUUGGAGGUUCUCACAACCAACACAUUCUCCGGCCUCAAGAAUUUGGAGUACUUGCUGUUGUCCAACAACGACUGUCGACAGUUUUUGCAGAAUGGCACCAAACAGCUACUUCCGAGGCUGCGCUAUCUGGACCUGAGAGCUAACGCCUUCACCAGCAUGGUCCCGGAUUUCCCAGAGAACAUGGAAAAACUUUUGCUGUCUGGGAACCGAUGGAAAUGUGACUGCAGCACCCUCCCACUCAGAAACUACAGCUUGAGGAAUCCAUUGGUGAUACCUCGGCAAGUGGAGACCCACGCAGAGGGUGAAGAGCCUGACACGACCAUCACCAUUUACAACAACAUUACGUGCAUCAGCCCACCACGUCUGGCUGGUCAGGACCUACGGGACAUUGAUAACGAAGUCUACCAAAGCUGCUAAGCAGCCACAUAAAGUCAUGUUCAGAGAAUGUGUUGAUACACAGCACAGAAUAUUAAAAAAAACGGUUAACUGUAAUACUUUUAACAAUAUGAACUCCCUCAGUUUCUGAUUUCAAGACGAUUUUCAAGAUAAAUUGUUGUCAUCUGUAGCCUGUGUAAAUCUGUAAAUUUCAGAUGUGAAGGCGGCAAAGAAUUAUCAUCAAUGAAAAGACCGAACAAACCACAUUUCCUUCGCCAAAGCUUAAUGGACGUGAAUGUUUAAUUGUGGGAGUCGUGUGACGACAGCCGGUAACUCAUCACCUCUCUGCAGAAAACGACACAAAGAAUGCUUUGAGAUAACUGGGUUUACACUGACAUGAGCGAGGCUACAAAGAGUCUAGUAUGUGUGUACCCGUGCGGGGUUGCUUGGUCUAGAGGAGACAUUAAUAAAUGGUGAAUUCAAA